GCAUUCGCCCCGCCCCAAAAGAAGAAGAGUCCGCCUUGCGACCGUAUCCGCUAGCGCGGCCCGGGAUGCGCUUGGGCUCCCUGUUCGUUCCCACAUGCAGGGUAGCACAAGGAGAAUGGGCGUCAUGACUGAUGUCCACCGGCGCUUCCUCCAGUUGCUGAUGACCCAUGGCGUGCUAGAGGAAUGGGAUGUGAAGCGCUUGCAGAGGCACUGCUACAAGGUCCAUGACCGCAAUGCCACUGUAGAUAAGUUGGAGGACUUCAUCAACAACAUUAACAGUGUCUUGGAGUCCUUGUAUAUUGAGAUAAAGAGAGGAGUCACGGAAGAUGAUGGGAGACCCAUUUAUGCCUUGGUGAAUCUUGCUACAACUUCAAUUUCCAAAAUGGCUACAGAUUUUGCAGAGAAUGAACUGGAUUUGUUUAGAAAGGCUCUGGAACUGAUUAUUGACUCAGAAACUGGCUUUGCAUCUUCCACAAACAUUUUGAACCUGGUUGAUCAACUUAAAGGCAAGAAGAUGAGGAAGAAGGAAGCGGAGCAGGUGCUGCAGAAGUUUGUCCAAAACAAGUGGCUGAUUGAGAAGGAAGGGGAGUUCACCCUGCACGGCCGGGCCAUCCUGGAGAUGGAGCAAUACAUCCGGGAGACGUACCCCGACGCGGUGAAGAUCUGCAAUAUCUGUCACAGCCUCCUCAUCCAGGGUCAAAGCUGCGAAACCUGUGGGAUCAGGAUGCACUUACCCUGCGUGGCCAAGUACUUCCAGUCGAAUGCUGAACCGCACUGCCCCCACUGCAACGACUACUGGCCCCAUGAGAUCCCAGAAGUCUUCGACCCUGAGAAGGAGAGGGAGUCUGGUAUCUCGAAAUCGAACAAAAAGUCCCUGCGGUCCAGGCAGCAUUAGCCAUCGUGCCCUGCUGAAGGGCUGGCUGCCUUGAGUGGCCUGAUCAUCGCAGCCCUUCUUGAAGAGAGGCGUCCAUGUUUCAGGUUCCAUGAGAGUCACCUCUUUCGUCUUAAUGUCCACUGUCCACAGCUUUGGAAUAAACCGUCCUGGGAAGUUGCUGCA